GGUUGGUUUCUGGAGAGGAUCGCUCUCAACCAAUCACGGCGGGUUUAUUCGUUACCAUAACUUCAGAGUAAACGAUGAUCUCUGCGCAACUAAUGUAGCCAAAUACAUUUAUGUGCUACUAGGCUGUGAUGGCGGGAAAAGUACUCUGUGAAGCAACUUAUCUGUACAACGUCCUAAAUCAGUACACUCGCCAGUCAAGGCUUGUAGAGAGCAACUAUCUUUGUCUGAUUGAUGCCCGUCCAGCAGAAUCAUUUAACUUCAGCCAUAUUAUCACUGCCAGAAAUGCAAAAUGGGAUUCUGAGGGAAACUUUAUUAUGCCCGUAGAUGUUGAAAUUGAAAGUAUGAGGCACAUUAUUGUAUAUGACAGCCGUACACAAUCUUUAUUAGAUUCAGGUCCAGCUAUAAACUGUGCAGACAGCUUGGAAAAAGCAAGCCGCUUUCCCAUUCAGAUUCUUACUGGUGGUUAUGAGAAGUUUUCUCCAGUCUACCCUUUCCUAAGGACACACAAAAUUCUUUACACAAUUAGGGAACUGGAAAGCUUGAAGCUAUAUCCUGUGGAAAUCUUACCUGGACAGCUUUACAUGGGUGAUUAUAUACAGGCAAUGAAUCCUCAAAUCCUCAAAGAUCUAAAAGUGAAAGCACUUGUCAAUAUCUCUGAUGAUGGUAGUUUAAUGUUUGAAAAGGCAAGCUGCACUGUAUUACAUAUCCGAAUUUCAGAUUCUGCAGAGGCUGAUUUGUUCAUUUCAUUUGAGAGAAUUUCUGCUUUUAUUGACUCACAUCUCAGUACUGCCUCAUCUGUUAUGAUUUUCUCCACUUAUGGGAUAAGCAGAUGCAGUGCUGUAGCAAUGGCUUAUCUCAUGCAUCAUCUAAAGUACACACUGAAGGAGGCGUGGAAUCAUAUUAAGCGAUGCAAAGCCAACAUGAGACCAAAUCGAGGAUUUGUGCAGCAGCUUUCCGACUGGGAACUUCAGACUCUUGGGGAGAGAGUAACGGACAUUUCAGAGCCCAACUACUGACUACAAUUAACAUUUUUAUGUUCUUACACGGAUAAUUUUAUUUAUAAAUUGAUGUAUCAUGUAAAGUAAUACCUAUUAUACAGACAAUUGCAGAAAGUGGCAAACAAACCACAAGCAGUACAAUAGUAUCAAUAGGAACGUGCACUGUACAGAAAUAGUACUGUAGUUUGAUGAAUGUAUGAACUAAAAAUAAAGUUAACUUCUUCCACCCUGAAGCUAUUUUGGGGAUUUUCGCCUGGAUUUGGCCUACCCAAUUUCAAAAGCUUCCCAUACCCACAUGCAGAGGUUUACAUACAAAUGUUUGGUAUCAUUUUACAGGAAACCCUUUGAAAUUACAUAAAACACUGUUGAAAGUGCUAAACAUGGUUGUAUGUGAUGUCAGUCCUCUAAUAAACACAAAAAUAAA